UUAAGGGAAGCUCCCUUUUCGUUCAUCAACAAUUAACGACCCAGGUAGAAUUGUCUUGCAUUUUCAACCUACGAGGAGAACAUGGAGGAGAAGUUGGAUGGAGAUGCUGAAGGCAGUCAAGAAGAAGAACCGAAUUAUGGGUUGGUUUUUAAGGAAUCUUUUUCUUUCUGGAAGGACCAGGGACCAACAGAAGCGGAUGGGGCUGCACAACCCAAGUCUACUGCUAUGAACUUGGACUUCUCAAAGCCAUGGAAAAGAUCAGACGCCAUUUUGACGGUCGACAACAACGUUAAAUUCCACAUCCACACGGGUGUCCUUUCUCGACAAUCACCUAUCUUCGAGCAAAUGCUAUUGCCAGAAAACCUUAGCAAAUACCCAAACCGAGAGAUCUUCCUUGCUGGGAAGAAUGCCGACGAAUUUCGAGAAUUUUUGAAAGUGUUAUACUCUGGAGAACCUGUGCGCGAGUACAAGAUCAAUUAUCUGUUGCCACUAGCACACGAGUAUCAAACUCCUGUUGUCUUAAAAAGAUGCCAGGAGAGUCUAAUCCCUAAGGUUACCAACGAGACCUUAGCCUUUAAAUAUAUUAGUAUUGCCCAUACGUAUGGACUGGAGGGGCUUCGACGUACUUGUGUCCAGUUACUGAAGGUCAAAUCUUACACAGAAUUGAAAGCUAGUCGAAUGUAUCGAGAACUACCCCCUCAGUGUGGAUGGGAUGUGACAGAGGGAAGAGUCGAAAUACUAGAAAAUGAGCUGGGAAAGAGAAAGUCCAAGCUGGAAGAAGUUUGCGAUGAUUUGAUUACUAGAAUGUUUGAGGAACUGUACAGAAAGCAAUCUGGUGGCAGGCCUCCACCCAUGAAUGCAGCUAUGGGAAAUAAAAUAUGUUUUAUUAAAGAAGCAGGGAAUAAAAGUCCAGAAAUAAAAAUUAUUGCAGAGACAAUAGAUAAACUGGAAAGAUUAUACUCUUGAUUAAGCCUGUGUUAUGCUGCAUUGCUGGAUCCAGAGUGUGGGGAGGAGUAAUGACUAAACUUUUCGAGAUAUUUCAGCCACCAUUAAAAUGAGCAAGAAACUAAUGCCCAAAACUGAACCUUUUCAAAGAUAAGUUCAGUUUGUAAGAGCAAAAUUUGAGUAAUUUUGAAGCUACCACAAUUGUGAUAUCAAAAAUCUAUAAUAAAAAAGAGAAUGCAAGGUUUGGAUGGACAACUAACCAUGUAUGUCUUCCAUGGAGCUAGUCUUGACAAAAUAAUGUCAUAAACCCAGUAAAGCAAUACUCUUGCUUUAUGAAGGAAACACUUAUAGAAUGAGGUCCACUUUGAUUCAUUGCUCUCUUCAACAUAUACUGAAACAGUGGAUUAAUAUUCACUUAGUUUAUUAAAGUUAGUUAUUUUAUAGCGUAGAUAGUAUGCAAGUUCCGAUAUUUGGUAGAGAAUUGUGCUUUACUAUUGAAUGGAGCAUAGUUGAAGAUGCUAUACUUGCAUGCACAGCAAACUUUGCAAAGAAGUGUAAGAAAACAGCAUUAUAACAGCUUUUUUCUCUGUUUAGUAAUACAGCACUAAAAAAUUGCAAAAGCACUCAAAAAAUAUGAGAAACACUUGCCUAUCAUGAUUUGUUCUCAGUCUUGACACUUUCAUGCUUACCUGCUGUAUUAUGAAAUUGAGCACAGAAAAAAAGC